UCCCCUCCUACUUCUCCAAUCUCUCUGUCAGAGUCUCUCUCUCCCUCCUAUCUCCUCAACUACUCCGCACCCACCAACCACCAUUUGUGAGAGACUCUCUCCAUUUCCCCCCUACAGAAACUUCCACUCGUUGCACAUUUCCUCGCCUGCAUCCGGUUCCACCGCUGGUUCCUGUGACACUAUCCCCUCCGUCUUCCGAGGUAUGCAAUCUUCGUCCACUUCCAUGAAGAUUUCUCCGUUGGAUCUAAUGUCGGCCAUCAUCAAGGGCAAAGUAGACCCCUCCAGCGUCUCUUCCGACUCCUUAAACGAGGUCGCUUCCCUUAUUCUCGACAACCGCGAGAUUUUUAUGAUUUUGACCACUUCUAUCGCGGUCCUGAUUGGAUGCGUUGUCGUUUUGAUUUGGCGGAGAUCCAACGGUUCGAAACCCAAAACCGUCGAGCCGCCCAGGCCGUUGAUCGUGAAGGAGCCGGAGGUGGAAGUCGACGAUGGCAAAAAGAAGGUCACUAUCUUCUUCGGCACACAGACCGGAACCGCCGAAGGAUUCGCAAAGGCGUUAGCUGACGAGGCCAAAGCGCGAUACGAAAAGGCCACGUUUAAAGUAGUUGAUAUGGACGAUUAUGCGGCCGAUGACGAAGAGUACGAGGAAAAGCUGAAAAAAGAGACUUUGGCUUUCUUCUUCUUGGCCACAUAUGGAGAUGGUGAGCCGACGGACAAUGCGGCGAGAUUCUAUAAAUGGUUUACGGAGGGGAAAGAGAGAGGGGAGUGGCUUCAGAAGCUUCAGUACGGAGUGUUUGGCCUUGGCAAUCGGCAGUACGAGCAUUUCAAUAAGGUUGCAAAGGAGGUGGAUGAGAUCCUCGCUGAGCAGGGUGGGAAGUGCCUUGUACCAGUGGGUCUUGGAGACGAUGAUCAAUGCAUUGAGGAUGACUUCACUGCAUGGAGGGAAAUGCUGUGGCCUGAGUUGGACCUGCUGCUUCGAGAUGAAGAUGAUCCAACAACAGCUACCACCCCUUACACUGCCGCCGUAUUAGAGUAUCGAGUUGUGUUCCAUGAUAGUGCAAAUGUAUCAGUGGACGACAAGAGUUGGGGUAGUGCUAAUGGUAACACUGUUUAUGAUGUUCAACAUCCAUGCAGGGCUAAUGUUGCUGUGAGGAAGGAACUUCACACAUCUGAAUCUGAUCGUUCUUGCAUUCACCUUGAGUUUGACAUUUCUGACACUGGGCUUUCAUAUGAAACUGGGGAUCAUGUUGGUGUUUGCUGUGAGAAUCAAAGUGAAGUUGUAGAGGAGGCAGUGAGCUUAUUGGGUUUGUCACCAGAUACUUAUUUCUCCGUCCACACUGAUAAGGAGGAUGGCACACCAAUUGGUGGAAGCUCCUUGCCCCCUCCUUUCCCACCCUGUACUUUAAGAACAGCACUCACUCGAUAUGCUGAUCUUUUGAGUUCACCCAAAAAGUCUGCCCUACUCGCUUUAGCUGCUCAUGCUUCUGAUCCGACUGAAGCUGACCGCUUAAGACAUCUUGCAUCACCUGCUGGAAAGGAUGAAUAUGCACAAUGGGUGGUUGCUAGUCAGAGAAGCCUCCUUGAAAUCAUGGAUGAAUUUUCAUCAGCAAGGCCACCACUCGGUGUCUUCUUCGCAGCAGUUGCCCCACGCUUGCAGCCAAGAUACUAUUCAAUCUCUUCAUCCCCAAAGAUGGCUCCAUCUAGGAUUCAUGUUACUUGUGCUUUGGUUUAUGAGAAAACACCAACAGGGCGGAUUCACAAAGGAGUGUGUUCUACUUGGAUGAAGAAUGCUGUGCCCCUGGAGAAAAGCCAUGAUUGCAGUUGGGCUCCGAUUUUUGUCAGGCAGUCAAACUUUAAACUCCCUGUAGAUGCUAAAGUGCCUAUCAUCAUGAUUGGCCCUGGCACUGGAUUGGCUCCUUUCAGGGGUUUCCUUCAGGAAAGACUAGCUCUCAAAGAAGCUGGAGUGGAGCUGGGACCCUCAGUCUUAUUUUUUGGAUGCAGGAAUUGUAAGAUGGAUUUCAUUUAUGAAGACGAGCUGAACAGCUUCAUCGAAACUGGUGCUCUUUCUGAGCUAGUUGUUGCCUUCUCACGUGAGGGACCCACCAAGCUGUACGUGCAGCAUAGAAUGACCGAGAAGGCUGCAGAUAUUUGGAACGUGAUUUCUCAGGGUGGUUACAUUUAUGUAUGUGGUGAUGCCAAAGGCAUGGCUAGGGAUGUCCACCGAACCCUCCAUACCAUUGUGCAAGAACAGGGAUCUCUGGACAGUUCCAAAGCUGAGAGCAUGGUGAAGAAUCUGCAAAUGAGUGGCAGGUAUCUGCGUGAUGUAUGGUGAUGAUCAUUUGGAUUAGGACGAACAAACCUAUCGUAAGUGUGCAAAAGAGAAACGAUCAAUGGGGUGGAGUAAAGGAAGUAUGGGCGCAAGGGCUUAAUGUGAUGUCUUCAAUUACCAUUUGCGACCUUGCAAUGACAAUUGCACGUUGUCUCCGUAGAGAAAUUGGUAUCUUGAUUCUUUUGACCUUUUCCAUAUGAAGGAUUUUUUGUUUUGUUUAAUGUAAUCAAUAAUACAUAAUAUACUUAAUUAUCAUUAGGUACAGAUUAUGGGGUCUCUUGUAUGAACCUGCAGCAAGAAGGUUCAAAUAACAGAAAGCUGACCUUCUUCUUCUAUGUAAUUUACAUUGCAUGGAUUUAUUUA